ACUGAAUGCGUGAUUGAAAUAAGGUGGAGCAGACUGUAAGCUUUUCAUGAAUGUGAAUUUUGAAUAUAAGCUCUCAAGACUGACGUAUGCUCUCUUCCAGGUUCUUAUAAAUGAAAAUAAGGGGAAUCUGUAUGUGAACAAGACAAGCAUCCCUGAAUCAGAGACAGACAGCAAACCUGAGUUGAAUGUUACUAGUUUGAAUGGUCUCCAAGUGAAAAACUCAACUGUAGAUUACGAUCUUGACUUAUCUGCAAGGGAAAUAAAUGAAGACCUUGAAAAACAGACACCAAACUCAGCACUGAUAGAGACAGCAAGGCUAGCUGAAACCCAGAGAGAUGAGGUGGAACAACCUUUGACAGAUACAACUGAAAAUGAAGUAACAGACAUAUCUGAACUGAGAUUCACAUUGGAGAAGGAAACUGACUUAUUGGUGCCGAAUAUAACUUUUAUUACUGAAGAACAAAUAUCCAGUAACUCAGAGCAAGAGAUCACCCUUGCUAUUCCUUCAGAAAUGGAUAGAGUAACUAGAAGUUUGAUCUUUACGCUAUCCACAUCAACAGGUGUAGACAAUCAACAUUAUCAGCCAGAGUCUGAUAGCAAUAAUACUAGUGAGAAAGAAAAUAAAGAUAUUUGGGUGCCCCCACCAAACCGUGAGAGUCGACUGAGAAAGUUAAAGGAGAAUUCCCUCUUUGACGUACGAGCAUAUCGACCAGAAACAAGUCCAACAAAGCUAUUUUUAGAUGGUGAUGGAGAAGAAGAGAAAACCAGACCUCAUUCACGUGAAUUUACACCUGAAAAAAUAAGAGAGCUAGAAGGUGAACGAAGGGAGAUCAUAAAGAGGCAAGGCCAACGCAGAAGUUUGGACAUAGAACUUGGUGAAUUAAGUGAUGAGACUGAUACCUCCAUUAAAGCUAUUAAUCUCAAUGGGAUGGAGAAUAAACCAAACACAAAAGAUGUAGACACAGACCAAAUAAACUUUGAAGCUGCUCGGCAGCAAUUUGUGAUGCUAGAAAAGAGGAGAAACAGUCAACAGCUCAGUCCGCGUCUUCAGCCCAGGACCCCACGCCUUUCUUCAUGGUCUCUAAAUGAAACAAGGUUCAAUUCUCCGGGAGAUAAGAUUGAGAACAUAAACACAUUGAUAUAUAGAGAUCAAGUUCAGCAAAAUGAGUCUCCUAAUACCAAAGAGAGACAUUCUAGUGAGCUUCGUAAGCAGUUCUUUUGGGAGUCAUCUUUAGAUAUUGUGGAUUCUGGAAUAGGGAAAAAGGAAAAAGAAGAAAAUCUGCCUGAAGAAGCAACACAGGAAAGUGAGGAAAUUCAACAGCCAAGCAAUGAAACUCCCAUUGAAAGGGAGAUCCGUUUAGCACUGGAGAGAGAGGAAAGUCUGAGAAAGGAGAGGGGCAUUCAAAGUACAGCAGAAACUAAAGAGAUGGUAGAAAUCCUCAAAAACCCAGUGUUAACACUCCCUUCGCAAUUUCAGUCAGAGAAGAAGAGCAAAGACAGGGAUCGUUCUUAUUUCUUCCUCCAGAGGGAAAUUGAAAAGGAAGCUCAGAGGGAGGCUGACCUAAAAAUGGACGGGAAAGUCCCUGGAUUUUAUGAUAAAGGAAGCAUCCAAGAGCUAGAUGAGCGUCGGAAGCUGUUUGAACAGCCAGAUGAAAUCCCAGUAAAACCACAUAAUGGGCCAUCAAAAGUAUUCACUAGGGGAAAUGUAAAUGAAGAGAGCAUGGUAGAGGAGCUAUUUGCAAUUGAUAAGAGAGAGAAUUCUGAAAACUGGACUACACUGGGUGUCUCUCGCCCCUAUGUUAGAACCAACUGGAAGCCAGAAGCCCACAACAAUUAUAGAUCCAGAAGACAAAGCUCUGAAGACAUAUUAGAUAUGAAGGCAUCACCACAACCCACCUCAACAGCACUUUACAGCUAUAGAUUUAGAAGUCAAAGUUCAGAAAACAUCCUAGAUAUCAACCCACCUCCACAAACCUCUCCAAUAACAAAAAACAACUACAGGUUUCAGAGGCAGAAUUCUGAAGAAAUUAUAGACACCAAACUACCUACUCAACCCUCAGCAGAGACAGGGAGGGAAAAAUCAGCUGAAAUACAAAUCUUGAAUAAGGAGAAUUUCAAUUUUCAGCCUUGGAUAGGCCAUUUUCGUGUUAAUGGGGAUGAAGAGGUAGAUGGGAAAAAACAGACUGCCAUAAAAACUGAGGAUACAGCCACCAUUGAGCUAUACAGCAUCUCACGGCUGAGGCCUUCAGAGUCUAAUGUGGUGAAGCACGAAAUCCAACAAACUUUGGAAAGGGAUCGAGAAUUAAAGGAACAAAGGAGGAAAAGUGAAUUGCCCUUUGUAUCUACAGAUAACCAGAACAACACUCCUAUCAAUGGAUUCAACCAGUAUGACAAGACAUCAGAUAACUCAGGUAUUUCAAAUCAGUGGUCUUCUGUUUCUCAGAAGGGGAAACCUUCCUAUCUUGUCUCACCAGUACAAAUGUUCAAACCAAAAAUAUACCCCAACUUUGUUACGUCUGAAUCAGAUACAGACAGGCUAAAAAAACGGGGGGAUGAGAACUGGUAUGCUGGAAUUGGACCCAGUGACAAUAUCAAUGCAGAGAUCGUGGAGUCAACCCGUGUGAACCGCCACAAGAACACAAUGGCAUUACUCUGGGAAGACAAAAUUAACUCCAACAAUUAGUCUAAUUAACUGCAGAAGACCAGAUGAUGCUGGGCCUUGCCAUGGAAUGCUUGGUUCAGCUCUUGUUUCACAUAACCAGUUAAAUCCCUUGAACUACUUGGAUAUUGUUAACACGAUUUAUUGUUGGACACUGAACAUGAAAGAGUUAAACUCUUUUAACUUUGAAGUUUAGGCUUUGAAUGCCUGUAAAUAGACAAGCAUGGAUGCAUGGAUUUGUGUAAAAUUAGUUCAUAAGGACAAUAACCACCUACCAUGUCUUAGACUGACUUAACAUGAGUUAGGACCAUUCCUUAUGUGGACAUUUGCCUGUAAACUAUUAAUGUGAAUCAGAGAGGAAGAUAAUCUAUCAAUUUGGGUGAUAUAAAUAGAGAUAAACUAGCCCCGUUAAGAGAGUGUAUCUUGUGUGAGUAUACCUCAGGCAUAGGGGCUGUCUUCUAUGAUAUUUACUUGCAGAAAAAUCAUCUGUGGCCGGGGCUGUAACAACCAUGGGGUGGUUUAGCACAGGUCAGGGGCAGAAUCAUGUUUUAACUAAGGGGAUGCUGAAUUUGAUGUGGGAGGGGUUUGGAAUGUUCUAGUGGCGGGGCUAGGCAGUCCUCUGUUUCCUCAUUUUGUGGAAACUGAUCAUUUAUAUGGUAGGAACUUAAAGGGACAUUAAACACUUUGAGAUGGUAAUAGAAAAUGAUAAAUAGUAUAUAAUAAAACAACUCUGCAAUAUACUUUCAUUAUUUAUUUUGUCCUCGUUGCCUGUAAUUCCAUUCUGAAAUUGUGAGCUUUUCAGUUCCUGUUAGAAAUGGAAGUGCAGAACUCUGUUAAAGGGACAGUAUACACUCAUUUUCAUAUAACUGCAUGUAAUAGACAUUACUAUAAAGAAUAAGAUGCACACCCAUUAUUAGUGGUAUUGGCUCUCUGUUUGAACCCCUUUCUCAGUGGCUGGAUGAAAUUUUGCAGCCUCUGGUUAAGGGUCUGAAUAGUUAUCUAAGAGACACCAAACAACUAUUAAAUGAGAUGGAUAAUGUUGUUUGGAGAGAGGGAUACAGUUGGCUCACAAUUGAUGUUGUAGCACUGUACUCCUCCAUUCCACACAGUAAGGGUCUAGAAGCUUUAAAUUUCUGCCUGUCAAGAUUUACGAAUUAUAGCCACAGGUUUUGUGGCUUCAUCCUUAGAGUAACAGAAUUCCUAUUAACACACAAUGCCUUUACCUUUGAAGGAGUUCAUUACCUCCAGAGAUGUGGGACAGCUAUGGGGGCAAAAUUUGCCCCUUCUUACGCCAACCUUUUUAUGGGUUGGUGGGAGCUGUCCCACAUCUUUGGAUGUGAUGAACUUUGGAAACAUAAGAUCAUGUACUAUAGGAGGUACAUUGACGACCUGCUAAUGAUCUGGUAUGGUACGGAAGAAGAAGCUUUAAGCUUUGUAUCCUUACUUAAUGAAAAUGGUAUUGGCAUAAAAUUCACAUUUGAAUUUAAUAAAACAAGCAUUAAUUAUUUGGAUGUUACUCUGACAGGCAUAAACAACAAUCUUGUCAGUAGUAAGGUAUACAGGAAACCCAUCACUGGCAAUACCCUCCUCCAUGCCAAAAGCAACCAUCCGAAAAGAGUCUUUAAGUCGGUCCUAAAAGGACAAUUCAUUAGACUCCGGAGGAAUUGCUCAACGGAUAAGGAAUAUGAAACUCAAUCCUUAGAGCUGGAGCAGAGGUUCUGCGAAAGAGGCUACAAAAGAGACCAAGUCAGUCAUCAAAGAUUGAAUAUUGGGGCAAACCCUAGAAAUAUCUAUCUUGAAGAUAGAACCAAGGAUAAAACUAAGGGAUUUGAGGGUGUAUCUUUUAUUACCCAAUAUAGCAACCAAUUCCACCGCAUCUGUAACAUUGUUAGAAAACAUUUUAAUAUUCUAAAAGCAGAUGAUGGUUUGGUAGAUACGGUUUCAAAAGGGUGUAGAUAUGCCUUCAGACGGGGUGUAAGCCUUAGCAACAUACUUGCUCCUACACAGCUCAGAGCUAGGGAUGAGGCAGGCUCAUCCUGGAUGACAUUUAAAGGUACCUUUAAAUGUAAUUACACACAAUGUACUGCCUGUGAAUUUCUACAACAGGGAGUAGGCUUCAGAAGCUGUGUAACUGGAGAGAAUUUUCAACAUUUCUCUUGUCUGAAUUGCAGAACAAGGUUCGCAAUUUAUUUACUUACCUGCAUAGAAUGCAAUGUACAGUAUACAGGACUCACAACCAGAGAGACCAGAGAAAGGAUCAGGGAACACAUUUCAAAUAUUAAAAAUGGUAAAUUAACUACACCUCUGGUCCAGCACUUUAAAAACUGUCAUCAAACAAGUAUUAAGUCAUUAAGAUGGACCAUUAUAGAACAGGUCAGAACGAACAAAAGAGGAGGUGACAGAGAGAGAUUGCUGGAAAAAAGAGAGGUGUUUUGGAUACACAGACUCAGGACCAGAGUCCCUGAAGGGUUAAACUCAGAAUUUGACCUAAUAAAUUUUUGGGAAUAAUAAUCCUGGUCCUGGGUCUGUGUUUCCAUCCAUUCUCUAGCUGUGAUAUGUGUAACUACAACAUUAUGUCUUCACAUACCUGUUCAGUAUAGAUUUGAGAGAGAAAAAUAUCUAUACAUUAAUAAAUAUUUGUAUAUAUAUAUAGGUAUGUGUGCAAUCUGUAGGCUUGUUAACAUAGAAUUAGGUCUUCACAUUGUUGGUUCAUAUGUAUUGGAUAACAAAGUAUUUAUACAUAUUUAUUGAAUAAAUCAGAAGGAGGAAUUUGGAAAAUUUACUAUCUCCUUAUAAUUAACAAAUGUUCUAACAAACAUAGAUGUGACUUUUAGUUUAGAUUACUUCAGAUUACUUUAGAUUACAUUAUAUCAGGGUUCACCUUUCAAUAAGUAUUAAGCAUAUUUUACUCUCAUUCAUGUUUAGUUGAUUGUUUUAGUUUAAAUUUCACAUUUGAUGUAUAUAUUAUAGAUUCUUGAUAUAGGACAAAUGUCUUCCUGUUAUAUCUAAUUUGAGAAGGGCUGGAUAUAGCUUCACUCCAGGUAUGGUUUUAAUUAGCUUUUAACCAAUCAGGUAACAGGAACCAGUUUAUAGGACUGGUGCUCACCUGAGACUGCAGCUACGAUUACGGCUUAAUUGCCGAAACAUGUCAGCAAUCAGUCACUGAAGUGAAGCUAUCUCCAACUGCUGCACAGCUUGUGAUUCCUAUACCCUUGUUGGGACAAAGAGUUUUUAUUUGCAAUAAAAGAAACUGGAACUUA